AUGACGAUGCGUCCAGAUGAUCACAGAAGAAAAUGGGACCGGGAAGAGUACGAAAAACUAGCAGAAGACCGUAAAAAAGCCGAGCAAGAUUUUAAAGAUGACGCUGAAAACAAGAAGAAAGGUCCACCAGUUAAACGGGAAUUGCUCAAAACUCGCGAGUAUAAAGUCGACUUGGAUUCGAAACUUGGCAAAAGUAUUGUUAUAAAUAAAAGCACUCCAACAUCUCAAUCUGGAGGGUAUUAUUGUAACGUUUGUGAUUGCGUUGUUAAAGACUCGAUCAAUUUCUUGGAUCAUAUCAAUGGAAAAAAGCAUCAGAGAAACUUGGGAAUGUCCAUGAAAGUUGAGCGAAGCUCUUUGGACUCAGUAAAACAACGUUUUGAAUUGAAUAAGAGAAAAAUGGAGGAAAAAAAGAAGGAUUAUGAUUUGCAAACGAGACUAAAUGAAAUUGCCGAGGAAGAAGAGAAACUUAAAGAGUAUAGGCGAGAGAAAAGGAAGGAGAAGAGGAAGCAUGAAGAAACCAAGGAUGAGGAACAAGAAAUGCCUAGCGAAUUAGCUAGUAUGAUGGGAUUUUCAGGUUUCGGAGGAUCCAAAAAGGGAAAAAAUUAA